AUGAGCCAGAUACCGUUUGAAAAUAAAGCACGUUCUCGCCAGGCAUCUGUGCGUGGAACUGUGGCUGGUUUAGCUAUCGGAUCUUUGGUUCUAGUCUCGAAUUUCCAGUUUGGACUGCAAACGGGCUGGGUUUCUAUGAUGUCGCUGCCAUCUGCACUCCUGGCGUGCGCUAUCUUCAAGCAGGUGAUUCCAGUUCUGUACCCAUCUAUGCUGCCGUUCACAGACGUCGAAAACGUCUAUAUUCAGUCUUUGGCCGUCGCCGUGGGAACAGGUCCUCUAGCAUACGGAUUUGUGGGCGUCAUACCGGCUAUCGAGAACUUCUUAACACCUGAUGAAUCUGGCUUCACCAGAAAACAGGGUGAACGCUUCACUCUGCAGCAGUUGCUAUUGUGGUCAUUGGCGUUAGCAUUUUUUGGCAUUUUCUUUGCAGUUCCGCUUCGAAAACAGGUCAUUGUUAGAGAGAAACUGCGAUUUCCAAGCGGCAGCGCUACCGCCACCCUCAUCGCCGUUUUAAAUGGAUCUGAGAUUUUGCAAGAGGUUUCACCGAAGGAGUUGCAAGAAAUGAGAGCUAGAAGGUUACGGGAAUACAGCGAUGUAUUGUCUUCCGAUGAGCGCACAUCCUUUUUGCAAGGGCAAUCGCAAGGGUCUGCAAUAGAUGAUGAGCUUGUUGGUAGUUCAGAAAGUCGCAGCAACUCUCAGCAACCCGCACAGACUCCAAGCUAUGAUUCUACGCCCGAACCCCCAAUCGCGGACUCUAAAUCUGCCUAUGAGAAAAACAUAGCAAUUUUGACCAGGACUUUUGCGGCAUCUUCCUUUUACACCGUAAUGUCCUACUUUGUACCCUUCAUCAAGGCAAUUCCAGUGUUCGGAUCAAGAUUGUCACAGAAUUACCUGUGGAACUUGCAACCAUCCCCCGCGUACAUAGGGCAAGGAAUUAUUAUGGGCUUGCCUACGGUUAGCUACAUGCUGUUUGGAUGCAUCUUAGGCUGGGCGGUUCUAGCACCGCUAGCCCGUUAUAAGCAUUGGGUUGAUCCCGAAGCAGACAUUAACGAUUGGGAAAAUGGUGUACAGGGCUGGAUUCUUUGGUCUUCGCUAGCAGUCAUGGUCGUAGACUCAGUGGUUGGAUUUAUCGUGUUUACUACAAAGUCUGUGGUCAAGUUUUGCCUCCGGGAUGACAAAAGGCACGCUCUAGAAUCCAUGAUUGAUGAUUCCUUACAGUCAAUGCUACUGGAAGAAGAGAGAAUAAUUAACAAGGCUAGCGGUGGGCACCACCGACGUCAAAGUACCGUGAAGCUAGUAAGUGCGGAUCAUGAUCACGAGGUCGAUUCUCGCCAACUCGUCAAGCUCACAACUGUUAUCAGCGGGCUAAUAGUAUCUUCGGUCAUUUGCGUUGUUUGCAUGGUUUACAUUUUCGGUGCUCAAAUCGUGCCACUGUCAUCGAUGAUGAUAGCACUUGUGCUGGCAUUGUUCUUGUCGGUUCUCGCGGUGAGAGCAUUAGGUGAAACCGAUCUGAACCCUGUGAGUGGAAUUGGGAAGCUUUCGCAAUUGGUUUUUGCAGUGAUAACCCCACGAACAAUGAAGGGUGGUGUGCUUCUAAACUUGGUAGCUGGGGGUAUAGCCGAGGCUGGUGCUCAACAAGCUGGUGACUUGAUGCAAGAUCUCAAAACAGGUCAUCUCCUCGGGGCAUCUCCAAAAGCUCAAUUUUUUGCGCAGUUCAUCGGGGCAUCUUGGUCCGUGGUUCUUUCGAGUUUGAUGCACCUUUUUUAUAAUCGCAUCUAUGAAAUCCCAAGUGCGCAAUUUAGGGUUCCUACGGCUGUAAUUUGGAUUGACUGCGCACGUCUGGUUACGGGUAAAGGCCUACCAAACAAAGCGAUGGAAUGUACCAUUGUGCUAGGUAGCGUGUUCGGAAUUCUUUCGCUAAUCAAAAAUCUCUACCGCGAUAAAGGUUACAAGUGGCUACUAUGGAUCCCUUCUGGAGUUGCGGUUGGUGUAGGUAUCUAUAACGCGCCCAGUUUUACCCUGGCUCGGUUUAUGGGAGGCUGCCUUGCAUAUGUAUGGCUUCGGACCCAUCGCGGUGACCCGUCUGCCAAAACAUCGAUGAUCGUUUUUAGCUCUGGGCUCGUACUGGGAGAGGGAUUGUGCAGCAUUUUCAAUAUGAUUUGUACCAGUUAUGAUGUCCCCCACCUAUAG